AUGUCAAAACUGGACUCAAAAUGUGUGGUCAAGUACUAUAACUCGUGGAAAGAAAGCAUUCAUUUAUACAUACAUAUGGAGUGCUGUGAACAAAAUUUGCGGACAGUAUUCACAGACAAACGGCUGGUGUUUGGCAGACAAUCACCGGCGGAACCGAUGUCUUCACACGAGUACUACAUAUCUUGCGAAAUAUUUCGGGAACUUUUGAAAUCACUACAAUAUCUGCACGGAUUAAAGCAUCCUAUCAUUCAUCGAGAUCUUAAGCCGGAAAAUAUAUUAAUUUUAUGCACCGAUAAUAAAGGUGUGUUUUUAAAACUCGGUGACUUUGGUCUGGCCACUAACCAGGAUCGUACAGCUCUAACCCAGGGUGCGGGUACUCGCAAAUACAUGGCCACUGAAGUGGGCUUUUCUCAGUCAUAUGACUGCAAAGCAGACAUUUAUAGUCUGGGACUUAUUGGUUAUGAAUUGUUUGAAAUAUACAGCUUUGGUAAUAACUGUAGCGGAUGUCUGGGUCUUAGACAUAUCAGACCCGUUAAAUCGCCACAAAUUAUACAACAAUUAUGUCAUCAAAACAUACAAUACUUUGUCAAUGGAUACAUAUAUUGUUCGUACGGCUCGUCGUUUGCCAUCACAACCGAUGGACAUGUGUUCAGUUGGGGCGACAAUAGAGCUCAUCACGCGUCGCUCCACAAGGACUCCGACCGCCGCUUACGUGAACUAUAUCUCCGGUCGAAAGUACUUUCAACCAGAGAUAUACCUUUCAUCCCUCUCCACGACAUUAUUCUGGUCGGCCAUCUUGUAUCUCAAGACAGAGACCUUAGGGCGUUAGCUCAGUGGAUAGGGAGCCUCGCACUCAUGCCUAAGGUAGCGGGUUCAAGUCCUGGUGGGCGCACUGCUCUUCUGUCCUCUUUCGGGGAUCAGUUGUAG